CUCUCACUCAGGUGAAGGAGGAAGCCUGCAGAUGUGGUAGGAUUUUGGGAUCAUUCAGGAGAGGAAAGGAUCCAGGAGGAUGGCGACAAGUGGCGAUUUUGAAUGGGUUUAUACAGAGCAGCCUCACUCUGACAGGAGGAAGCAGAUUCUAGCUAAGUAUCCAGAGAUGAAGUCUCUCAUGACUCCAGAUCCUCAUCUGAAAUGGAUUGUAAGCGCGAUGGUUCUCUUCCAGUUUGCCUCUUGCUACCUGGUGAAGGACUUGUCCUGGGGCUGGCUGGUGUUUUGGGCCUACGUUCUGGGAGGCUGUGUCAACCACUCCCUGACCCUCGCCAUCCACGACAUCUCCCACAACGUGGCCUUUGGGAACAAGGCGGCCAAGUGGAACCGCUGGUUCGCCAUGUUCGCCAACCUGCCCAUCGGGAUGCCCUACUCCGCCUCCUUCAAGAAGUACCACAUUGACCACCACCGGUACCUGGGGGGUGACAGCCUGGACGUGGACGUGCCCACUGAGUUCGAAGGCCGGUUCUUCUGCACGCCCACCCGCAAGCUAAUCUGGCUCUUCCUUCAGCCGCUCUUCUAUGUUCUGCGGCCGUUGUACGUCAACCCCAAACCCAUCACACAAAUGGAACUGAUCAAUGCUGUUAUCCAACUGGGUUACGACCUCUUCAUUUACUACAUCUGGGGCCUGAAGCCCAUCUUUUACAUGUUGGCAGCUUCCAUGUUGGGCAUGGGCCUCCAUCCGUUCUCCGGACACUUCAUCGCCGAGCACUACAUGUUCCUGAAGGGAUACGAGACCUACUCCUACUAUGGGCCCCUCAACUGGUUGACCUUCAAUGUGGGAUAUCACAUGGAGCAUCAUGACUUCCCCAGCAUCCCUGGAAGCAAGCUUCCCCUGGUUAAGAAGAUUGCCCCAGAGUUCUAUGAGAAUCUACCUCAGCACACCUCCUGGCUUCGAGUCCUCUGGGAUUUUGUCCUGUGUGACUCGAUUGGGCCAUUCUCUCGGGUGAAGCGCGUGUGUAAGCUGGUGAAGGAGCAGUGAACCUUGUGUGUGGAGCCUCUCAGGGCUGGUCAUCUCCCCCACCCACUCCCCCAUCACUAAUUGUUUAAUGAAAACAGUAAAUGAUCAUUUAUAAAGCUUCACCUGAAACCAAACUCUGGCCACUCUGUCCCUCCGUGAAGGAAACCAACCAUGUAUUUUUGGGCUGGGGGCUGACCAGUCAUACAUACAACUGUGUAUAUUGCUGGGGGUGGCAAAUUCUCAGUCUGUUUUUAACUGUCCAGAGAUGAUAAAGCUAGACCCUUCCAAACAGGGAAAAUGUAUUUUGCAAUAUAUAACUGGGGUACGGGACUGGAAUGUUGUUCCUGGGAGUAAUUUGUUAGAGGACAAGUUGUCACACUGACAUAGUGACUACACUGACUGCAGCGUCUCCAGUCUACAUCAGGAAGGAGUCACUUUGUCUUGUUUGGAAGGGCCUGGGGAGGGGCAUGUGUGUAUUUAAAUGGUAACUCUCUCCAAGCCCUUCCUGGAGCAGUGCCCUUGAACGAUAGACCUCUUCAGCAGUUAACAAUAUAGCAUCACAAACCUAGGCUCACAGUCCAGAGCGCUGGUGACCCCCGUGGAGAGGGAAUCAUGGUGUUGUCAGUGACUGGUCUUUUGGUGGGAGGAGGGAGGGAGGGAAAGAGGGAGAAACUGCAGUCCCACUUUCAGUGGGAUCUGAGGAGCUUGGGAAAUGGGGCACACAGCUGGAAAACACAUCUUAAUAGAAACCCAGUUGGGUGAAAGAGCCUGUAAUGUCACCAUAUUGUUUGAAUGCUUCAAGCACAUCAGAUGUUCUCAUUCUCACAUUAUUUUGUUUAAGAUUUCUCCUUUCUAUGAGGAAGUAGGUGGAUCACUUUUUUUUUAAAAGGAGGUGGGAUUAGUCACCAUUAUCAAACACACCCAAGAUCUUUGUGUGUAAUGUAUGAGGUAGAGGAACAGGCUAGCUGAAGAUUGUGUUUUUGUGCUCUCAUUUUACUCAAAGCAAAUGGCAACUGAGCAGAGGCUGAAUUCAGGUCACUGCAGUGGAAUAGCCACUGCUUCUCGUUUUAAUCAAGUUUUUGAAUGUGAUUUAGAAAUAUUUGUAGGAUUGGGGGUGGAAGAGGGACUUUUUUUAACAAAAAAAAAGUUGUUGACAUUCUCUUUUAAACUGUUGUGAAAUCAUUAAAAUGGAUCUUUAUAUAUAAA